GCAACCCUACUUACAGAAGAUGUGCUGACAGGGGAUCCCACUCCCCUCUACCACGGGCCUUAGUCCUUCUGUCAGAUCAAGAAUAGUAGUUUAUUUCAAAAGCCUUACAACGCAAUACGAUUUCAAGUAACAGCGGGAGAAGUGGAUCUUUUCAGGACAGUGUCGGCUGGCCUCACCAUCAUUCAAACAAAUGCAAUUACGAUGCAUUCCACAUCCAAGACUCCACAGAGCUGCUGAAACUGGGGCCCUUUGCGGGGCCUCCACUGCAGCUGCGCACCAGAGUGGCAGAGCCGGUCAACUUCAAAUCCCAGAAACCCUGGGUCCCGGAGUGGACUACAUUUCCCAAAGGCCUGCGCGUCCUCAGUCCUCCAACCCUCCCCACCCCUAGCCCCGCCUCCCCUGUGAGUUUCAGCCGGCCGCUGGGCUUCUGUGCUUGGCUUUGAGGCUUGGGGCAGAGCUCUUCGGGGCUGAGUCUCCACGCGUGACUCGAAGCCUUCAUGAGGCGUGGCGGAAGCCAGAGGGAGAUCACAUUUUUGGAGACUGUACCCAUCCUUGAGAAAAGCCCAGAAAGAGACCAUGACUCCAGAGCAAAGGGAAGGGAAGCCUCAGGUGCAGGAAUUUAAAGGAUGCCCCCACCUAGAUGAGACAUCACGUGGACAAAGGAAAGCCAUGCGGCAGGGGACACAGUUUCAGGAGCAUGACUCUGAAAGCAGGGAGACAAUGUCUCAAGAAGCCAUGAAGAAAAUCAGUGAGCACAGAGGUCAGGAAAUGAGAUGCUCAAGACAGCUGAAUUUUAACCCAUCUCCUCCAUUACCAUUUGUGGGCCUUGGGAAACUGUCAGUGACGUUCGAGGAUGUGGCCGUGCUCUUUACUCGGGAUGAGUGGAAGAAGCUGGACCACUCUCAGAGAAGCCUGUACCGGGAGGUGAUGCUGGAGAACUACAGCAACCUGGCCUCCCUGGGAUUUCCAUUUACCAAACCAAAAAUGAUCUCCGUGUUGCAGCAAGGAGAAGAACCCUGGAAAGCAGAGAAAGAAAUUCAUGGUGACUCCUCUCUUGGAUGCAACAGCAGUCUUCAAACCACAAAAUCAACUCAAACUAAAGAUUCGUCAUUUCAGGGAUUAAUGAGGAAACAACUCAAAAGAGACAAGUCCUGGGACUUCACCUCAGGAAAUUUCUGCAGAUCUGGCAACAGUUUUAAAAAGCAGGACAAAAAUGAGAGCUUACAAAUAAUUCCAGUCACCCAUACAAAAAUCUUUACUGUAGAUAAAAGCCAUAAGAAUUUUGAAUUUGGUCCAAACGUCGACCUGAAGUCAGUUGGUAAACGAAAGAUCGCUAGAGAAAAAACACAAAGAAAUGGCCUCAAGGAAAAUUCAAAUUCACUUAAUCAACCAAAAAUCAAGACUGCAGAGAAACGCUAUAAAUGUAGUACUUGUGAAAAAGCUUUCAUGCACAACUCAUCCCUUCGAAAACAUCUGAAAAACCAUACCGGAGAGAGAUUAUUUCAAUGUAAAGAAUGUUUGAAAGCUUUCAGCCAAAGUUCUGCUCUUAUUCAACAUCAAAGAACUCACACUGGAGAGAAACCCUACAUAUGUAAAGAGUGUGGGAAAGCCUUCAGCCAUAGUGCAUCCCUUUGUAAGCACCUAAGAACUCAUACUCUGGAGAAGUCUUAUACAUGCAAAGAAUGUGGAAAAUCCUUUAGCAGGAGGUCUGCCCUUUUUCUGCAUCAAAAGAUCCAUGCCCGAGAAAAUCCUCAUAAAUAUAAUCCAGGUAGGAAGGCAUCCACUUCCCUUUCAGGAUAUCAGAGAAUCCAUUCCAGAAAGAAAACCUACUUGUGUAACGAAUGUGGCAACACCUUUAAGUCUAGCUCAUCCCUUCGCUAUCAUCAGAGAAUCCACACCGGAGAGAAACCUUUCAAAUGUAGCGAAUGUGGCAGAGCCUUCAGUCAGAGUGCAUCACUUAUUCAACAUGAAAGAAUUCACACCGGAGAAAGGCCCUACAGGUGUAAUGAAUGCGGAAAAGGCUUCACUUCUAUCUCAAGACUCAACAGACACCGAAUAAUUCACACUGGGGAGAAAUUGUAUAAUUGUAAUGAAUGUGGCAAAGCCUUAAGUUCCCACUCAACCCUUAUUAUUCAUGAGAGAAUUCACACUGGAGAGAAACCAUGUAAAUGUAAAGUCUGUGGGAAAGCCUUCAGACAGAGUUCAGCUCUGAUCCAGCAUCAGAGAAUGCACACUGGAGAAAGACCUUAUAAAUGUAAUGAGUGCGGGAAGACAUUCAGGUGUAAUUCAUCCCUCAGUAACCAUCAGCGAAUUCAUACUGGGGAGAAACCGUACCAAUGCCAGGAAUGUGGGAUGUCAUUUGGUCAAAGUGCAGCUCUUAUUCAGCAUCAGAGAAUUCACACAGGAGAGAAACCCUUUAAAUGUAACACGUGUGGGAAGAGUUUUAGACAAAGCUCCUCCCUUAUUGCACAUCAGCGAAUCCACACUGGAGAGAAGCCCUAUGAAUGCAGUGCAUGUGGGAAGCUCUUCAGCCAGAGAUCCUCCCUUACCAAUCACUACAAAAUUCAUAUUGAAGAAGACUCCUUGAACACAGAUUUGCAUGAGUAAAAGCAAUUAACCAAAGUUCCUCAGAGAAUAUAUACUUCAUAUUGGCUUCAUAAAUAUAGUGAAUAUGAGCAAACUUUCAAUUUAGUCCUAUGAGAUUAAAAUUACAAGGAUAAACCUUGGCUAUAUAAUAAUUGAGAAAGUUUUCCUACCUUUCAGUCACCUUUUAAGAACAGAUACUUUAAAGUUAUAAACAUUAACAUUGACCAUUUGUAAGGUAAAAGGAACACUUUUAUUUUGUCCAUAUAAUAUAUAAUAUGUGCAAUAUAUAAACCCUAGAAAAAUCUGAGUUUAGAAGUGCUAUGCUGUUGUUAUUAGCAAAAGAAAUAUCAGCUAUUAGCAUAUUUACUACAACUAAUAUUUUAAUAGUAAAUAACUAAAAUAUAUGCAUUUUUUAAAGCAAGGGACCAAACUUUAAAAAAAAAACUACCUCACAAUGUCUGAAAUUUUCCUUUUCCUAUACUAUUGUCAAACUGCAUGAAUUUUAUUAAAGAGAAAGAAAAAAUUUUGUGCUUCUAAUUUUCUAACUUCCCUACAAACCUCGCACACUUAAUAUUCAUAUUCUAACUUUGUGCUGUGAAUUAUUUUCCUUCAUUGCCUUGACUCAUUAGUUAUUAAGCCACGCCCUGAAUGGUAGCAGUAAAUCUUGUCACAGUUGCGUUGGAGCAAACAGCUAAACUUGCCAAAAUGAGCUGUGUGAGCGAUUAAGAAAGACAUCUGACAUAACCGGCUCUCAUGCACACCACACACCUGAACCUCCAAACAUGCCCGCCACACACAGACACGCAAAGGACAAAAUUGCGUUUUCCAGUGCUAAUAAAUAGACAUAAUUUUUACAUAUGUGCCUUAUUUAAGUAACCUAGUUUAUUUUAUGUGUGCAUGCGAAUUUCUAAUAGUGUAUUUGUAGAUUCUUGGCCCUCACGAUCAUGCUAUCUACAAAUGUCAUUUUUCUCUUAUCAGUGUCUUGUUUUUCUUAAAAUGUGCCACUACCUCUAU